AUGUGCACACCCUACCCACAUCCUCCCAUGGUAAAGUGCUUCAAUGUUCAAAGGCUAGCUGCAGGAAACUGGCAGCACAGGGAUGUCUGUGCACAGUGCUAUGGCUCUUGUGCUGCAUUUGAGGUAAAAAUCAGUCCAGGAGGUGAUCCAUGUCUCAGGUUGCUCAACACGCCUGCCAGAGAGAGGACCUCAGGUUGGAUGCCAGGUGUGUUCUCAUCACAGCUCAGGGCAUCUUUAAUGGCCAGUAGCCUCUGCAGCCUCUGGAUGCGUUGCUACACUGACUGCAGGUGGGUGUUCAUGAGCGUCGACAACUCCACAGUGCUGCAGGGCUGGAAUUCGUGA